UGGUACCAGCCAACACAUCUCUAUAAUAAUAAACAAUCAGUAUAACGCCGAUUCUCAUAUUACAUUUUGUAAAAAUAUUUUUCAGGUGAAGAACUGCUUCUUUUAAAUACCGAAGAUCAAAUAUAUCGAUAUAACACAAGGAACAAACAGGCAAAGAUAAUUGCCGAGAAUGCUACCCACAUGGCAUGUGAUUUUGAAAGAAAAUAUUUAUAUUACACCCAACUGCAUUUAAGCGAUGAAGACUUCAUAAAGAUUUUCCGUGUUGAUGAUGACGGUGGGGAUAUAAAAACCAUAUCGGAUACAGCUGAAUUAACAACUGGCCCCAUCAGCGUUGACCUAGAAACUGGAAACUUAUAUUAUUAUUCAAGCAAAGGCAUUGGAUUGUAUUCUUACACACUGAAUUAUAGCAAAACGGUUAUUUCUAAUACAGCUCUUGUGGGUGACUAUGUAUAUGAUAUUGGAUUCCAUGGAACGGGCUCCAAUAAAAGAGUGUAUUGGUCUACUGAAUAUAAGCUUUAUAGGUCACAACCGGGCACAUCUGAACUUAUCAAUUCAGGAAGAGACUGUGUGCUAUUUAGUAUUUUAGAAAAUGGUAUUGUGUGUUAUCAACUUUUGGGUCGCGAUCUUCAUGUAGCAAACCUGAAUGGUGUGAAGACUGAAUCGCUACCGAAUAUGACAAUCACAUCGUCAAUACUUAAAAAUAUUAGUUGUUCGGGUCCCGAUUUUAUUGAGGAUAUUACAACAGUUGAUGGUCACCUGUACAUCGUCUGUCAAUCUCCAACUCAGGUUUUAAAAGUGGAUUUAAAAACCGGCAUCAGAAAGGUUUUGAUUCCUAAGAGGACCCCAGCUCUAAAAGAUCAGACAUGGCUAUAUAUAUGUGUAUUACCCCGCGUUAAAGUUGUAUUGACCGACCAGAAAGUUGUACCACCUACACAGACAGUAACAACACUUCCUGUUUCUACAAUUUUGAUGGUAUCUGGAGGAGUAGCUAUUGGCCUAGUCAUGAUUGUAAGCCUGAUAGCUACAAUUAGAACGUGUAAGAAGACAGUCGGAAGUGUGCCAACACUACCAGAUGAACCAGAAUAUUCCAGUUAUAAUUCCAGCAGCCUGGUGGAUGUUCAUGUGUAUAACACAAUAGAUUCAAAAAAAUCCACAGAAGUAUACACAGUUGAUGAUCAUAUAUACACUGAAAUUUUGUAACUAAUAUAUAAUGUUACUCCCGAGCUUGAUAUUUGUGUGAGAUAAAUAUAAAUAUUUAACUGAUAUAAAGACUGAUGGAUUAUCAAUCAUAGUAAAACAAAAUAUUUUAGGUAUCAACAGUUAAGAUAUGAAUCAUAAGGCAUUUUUGAAACCCCAUCAAAAUCUGCAAAUAGCUUAAUUGUCAUUUCCAUGUAGAAUCGUCUUUUGAAGGGGUUGGUAAAGUACCUAGAUUUGUUUUCAGAUCUAGAUUACUAAAAUCUUCAACACAAUAUCAUCAGUAAGAAAUACAAAGCUUGCCCUGAGUGCAGAACAGAUUAGGCACUUGUAACCAGCAAAAUCUUUGAAGGAGGGGCUCCACAAGACUCUUGUUUCCGAUAAUGUAAUAUUUUUAGUUUCUUGCCAAAUGAUGAAUGUUGCCACUGCCUCACUUCCGUUCUAUUUGCAGCAUAGUAGCUGGCAACGUAUAAAAUUCUCCCUAGACAAUUAUUAACUAGUUUCCCACAAAUGUUAAGGAUAUGGUCAUGGCGUCCCGAAA